AGGUUGUGCACUACCACUCUUCCUAUUGGCUUCGGCAAACCCGAACUCAUAUCUCGUUCAGUGUCUACAUCCCUUCUUCGACCGGGACCACUGUCCGCCGACGUCCAAGAAGCGCGCGCAGUUAACGCCAGUCUCGGAGACAAAAGUAUAUAAGGCAGACACUUUCUCGAUUUCAGGCCUCACAUUUCUGAAGAACUAAUACCACCACAUACAACAUGUCUAAACAGCUACCGACUAUCAUUAUUGUUCACGGAGCGUGGCACUCACCCGAGCACUAUGAAUUACUUGCAUCUCGGCUGCGCUCACAAGGAUACAAGACCGUGCUUCCCAGACUUGCUUCGGUACACUACGCAUCUCAGAACAGCCCACCACCUCGCGGCCUCAGUGAAGACAUCAAUGCAGUCCGCACAGCUAUCCAGACCGAACUCGACACGGAACCGACCACAGACGUCGUUCUGCUAGGUCACUCUUAUGGCUCCCUACCCGCCUCCUCGGCAAUUGAGAACCUGGACAAACAGACGCGUCUGAAAUCCGGCUACUCCAACGGUAUCGUUGCCUUUCUCGUAAUCUCCGGCCCACUUAUGCCGACGGGAACAUCAGCCUGGAUUGCAGCGUGGGGAGGUCAAUACCCGCCCAUCUUCACCAUGUCGAGGCUCAAAAACGAGGAUGGAUCGGACAGUAAUAUCGAGACUAGCAUGCCAGCAUCUCCGCCUGGACCAGUUGCUAUGCUGUACCACGACCUCCCCGCAGACGAGGCAGAAAAGUAUGCGGCUAUGCUCAAACCGCACGUUUUCAACGGGCAUUACGAUCAAAUCAAAUUUGCGGGAUAUUUGGUCGUGCCAACAUACUAUCUGAUAUGCGAGGACGACCACGCCUUACCCAAGCAAUUCCAGCAGAUGAUUGUGGACAAUGCUAGUAAGGAAAUUGCGGAGAAGGGUGGAAGAGCGAUCAUGGUGACAGGUAUUGCUAGUAGUCAUAGUCCGUUCCUGAGUCGGGUGGAAGAGACGGCAGACUGGGUAAGCCGAUGUGCAAGACAGGCCUUAUCAUGAGCGCUUGUGCUGCAACCCACUACAGCGGAUAUGAGGGUGAUUUUGAGGUAAAGAGUAGUACUAGUCUUAGGGACUUUUGCGCCGUGGGGCCAAGAGGCUUGAUAUUGACAAUAUGUUUGUACAGAGCCUC